AUAUCAAUCACUAUCUAUUAUAGAAUUUGCUGUAGGUUGUAAAUAUUUUGUAAAAUUUGUUAUUUUUGAAAAUUUUUCUUAAUUAUUUUUAUGUUAUUUUCUUUAAAAGUUAGAUAGGGCUCGAACUAGAACUAUGUUUACCUAGCAUUUAUUUCUAUUUUUAAAAAAAAAUAUGAUUUAUGAAUGAGUAUUUGAAAUUAUUAUUUAAGAUUUUAGCUUUUCUCCUUGUCUUUUAAAUCCAAAAAUUGUUAUUUAUUUUAAUAAUAAUAACCUUCAACUUAGUAUAAAGAGUUGAGUUUGUAAGACCCUGAUCGCACAUAGCUAACGUGAUGAUGGCUUUGCGAUAAGAAUAAUGCACGAAGAGACUAUUGUUAGUAAAAUGCAAGUUUAGGAAUCAGCUAUGUGAUGAGGACCCUUGCACGGUGAGGUGUGUGGCGAUCAAACGAACAAGUUAACCUACUUCACCUAGACACAAAUGAUGUGGUGCAGAUAUUAGUAGGUCAGCAAUUAAUGGGUCCUAGCUGCAUGACUAGUUGUUAUGUGGACUUAAUGUUUUUGUACAUGUAAAUUACUAUAGGAGUACUUCACUAGGUCAGGUCAACGCGCUUAAUGCACUCAUCAUAGCUUUCGGUAUUUCUUACUUUUGAUUUUGGGUGAUGAGUCAUGAAUCAUGAUCAUUGCGUUUGAGAUGCUCUCAUGUACUUCUUCGUUACAUAGCUUUUAAGUCAUCGUUGAGUACAAGUUUUCCUACUGCUCGUCCAAGUUGAAACGAAAUUCAUUUGAAAUUUAAAGAUUUGAACAAAUGGUAAGUAGAUGAGUGUCCUCUUAAUUGGUGUCUUUGAGACUUGAACAAAAGGCUCUACCCUAUCUGUAGCAUAAAAAGAGAUUUUUGUUUAUUGGUUGGACCAUAAAUAUGUUGUUUAUCAGAUAAACAAUGGUAUUUAAAGACUAAGAAGUAACCCUAAGGUAAAAUGGUAAUUUCACCCCGCUAGUGUUACGGACACUCGUAAAAGACUAACUUGUUGUUAUUGGUCUAUAUCCGUGGACACAUAAAUAUAGUUAUAUUGAAAACAGUUCAAAUGAGUUUUUAGUAGAAUAUACACAUAGUUAACGAAUAUUGAUUAAUGUGGUUAAUAGAUAAUUUCAUAUUGUUAUAACUUCUCGAACUUAGAAUCAUUGAAUCUCCUCCCAUGUUGGGAAUGGGAUUAUUGUUAUAUCUUGAAUGUAGUUUAGAUUGAUUUAGGAAAAUAAUAUAAUGUAUAUACAUUAUAAUAUAAAGUUUAUAUUUUAAUUAAAUUUUAUAAUAUUAAUUUAAUUCUGAAUUUGAUUCAGAAUUAGUUUUAAAAAAAAUAAAAUAUUUAAAUAUUAAUUUAAUGUGAUACAUUAUAAUCACCUUGUAAGUAAUUAAACUCUCCUAUCAAUCCCUUAUGGAUGAAAAAUAUUUAUUAAGUUAGGAUUUAAAAGAAAAAGUUGUAAGCUGUUAUGUGACAGAAGACAAAAACAACAAUUGUAAUUUUUGGAACUUUCUACUGGUUUCUCAAACCAUCCUUAGAGUCCCAAAAAUUUACACCGCCAUUGCAUCAUUAUCUUCACUGCACAUACUCUCAAUUUGUUCUCAGAAAGCCUGAAAACCAUCACAACAUCAACCAAAAGAAGCUUUCACUUCGGUGAACAAGAAACCAAAGUGAACAAAUGGGUGUGGACUACUAUCGAAUUUUGCAGGUCGAUAAGAAUGCUUCCGACGAUGAUUUGAAGAAGGCCUAUAGAAAACUCGCCAUGAAAUGGCAUCCCGAUAAGAACCCUACCAACAAAAGAGAAGCCGAAGCUAAAUUUAAGCAAAUUUCUGAAGCUUAUGAGGUUCUCAGUGACCCCCAAAAACGGGCAAUCUAUGAUCAAUACGGUGAAGAUGGUCUGAAAGGUCAGGUGCCACCACCGAAUGCCGGAGGUCCAGGCGGAGCCACCUUCUUCUCCACCGGAGACGGACCAACAACGUUUCGGUUCAAUCCUCGAAACGCAAACGAUAUUUUCUCUGAAUUCUUUGGAUUUUCAACCCCAUUUGGCGGCUCCAGUGGAAGAGGACAGAGAUUCUCAUCAAGUGUUUUCGGUGAUGAUAUCUUUGCAUCCUUUGGCGGUGGCGACGGCGAAAGCGUAGGCAGUUCCAUGUCCCGACAUCCCUCUCGUAAAGCACCUCCAAUCGAAAGACAGUUACCAUGUAGCCUCGAAGAGUUGUACAAAGGAACCACCAAGAAGAUGAAAAUUUCUAGACAAGUUACUGACAUUCGUGGGAAAACCAUGAAAACAGAGGAGAUUUUGACGAUCAACAUAAAGCCCGGAUGGAAAAAAGGAACAAAAAUCACUUUCCCAGAGAAAGGAAACGAAGAGCCUGACAUUAUACCAUCAGAUCUUGUUUUUGUAAUCGAUGAAAAGCCUCACAGCGUAUUCACUCGCGAUGGAAACGAUUUGAUUGUCACUCAAAAGAUAUCUCUGGUAGAAGCCUUGACAGGGUACACUGUUCAUCUUACAACCUUAGACGGCAGAUACCUCAGUUUUCCAAUUACUAAUGUAAUCACUCCAAAUUAUGAGGAAGUGAUACCUUCAGAGGGAAUGCCACUACAAAAAGACCCCACCAAGAAAGGGAAUUUGAGAAUCAAUUUCGAUAUCAAAUUCCCAACUAGACUCACUCCUGAGCAGAAGGCUGGCAUUAGGAAGCUCAUUGGGUAGAAUUGGGAUGAUGGGGUUUCUUUGGUGAGAAUGAAUCCCUUUCUUUUUUUGUUAUUUUUAAAGUUCCUAUUUAAAGUUAAGAAAUGUGUGAUUUGUCUGGUUGUAUUGAAUUAAAAUAAACAAAAUCAUGUGUAGAAUACAAAAGUUUAGAAAGAUUUACAACAUGAAUUAGUUUUAGUUUGGAAGGGUAAAUUGGAACGGCUAUUGACGAGAGAGGGGGAAUCCUACACCGUGUCGUUUAGUAGGAAAAACAAUAAACAAGCCGCUACACAAGACACCAAUUCCAACAGGCAGCACAACCAAAAGCUCCCUUAGUUCAUCAGACGGUGUUGGGUAGAAACACUUGACCACAUUUUCAUCAAACAAAGCAACAGCUAUGAAAACCAAAAGAGAAGUGAAUGCGUGAAAGAAAUCGAUGAAGCGUAGCCUGUAUUUUGCAGCCUCUUCUUUGGGAAGGGUAAUUGAGCCAUCAAUAACCCAUAAGCCUUGAAAUGUGACCACCCCAUAUCGGACUUUUCCACGACUAUCUCGGAAACUGUCAGUGAAGAGGAGGAAAAAACAAGAUAAGGCACAGAGCAAGACAAGGCCGAGGGUGGUGGUUUGGCUAACAUGGGUGUUGCAAUGGCCCUGGUGUGUGAAAAUUGGGGACAAAAUUUGGAAGCCGAGGACGGUGCCCGUGGGAAGGAGGUUGGCUAAAUGGGCUGUUCCUUUGAAUGCCUUUCUGAUGGCUUUUUGAGCUGAAGUUUUUGUUGGCUUUGAGGCCAUUGUUAAGGCAUUUUCGAGCAGUGGCUGCUGGAUCUUUCCUAGCAGACCUUCGGUGGGGACUGCCUGCUGAAUUUGGCUCUCGAUUUCACCUUCCAUUUGUGCAAAUUACUGUCUUGGUUUGGGUUUGGGUUUUGGUUUUGGUUUGUGUUUGUUCUUAUUCUUGGAUCUAUUAUGGUGAGAUAUUUAUAUAUGAUUUGUUUGAGAGAAAUUAUGGAAUGGUAGUGAACCGAAAAGCUGCAAGGGACUUGAAAUUAAGUUGGGACUUCGUUAUUUUUGUUCAUUUGGAAGAGAAUUAGAGAAACAGUCUAGAAUGGCGUUUAUAUUUAUGGUAGGAAACGGGUUUUGAGGUUUGCUCUAACUUUUGUUGUUUUGAUUUUUAACUUUGAGAAAUUUAAGUUGGAUCCCCCUGUGAUUAAUCCAAUGGUUAAGAGAAGGAUCAGUUGCUCUGUUUCAA